CUCAAUAUUUCUGGCAAAUUUUAGUGGAAUAAAGUGUUUAAUCUCGAUAGUUAACGAUGGGUAAAAAGGCAAAUAAAUUGAAAAAGUACAAAUCCUAUACUCAAGACCAAGUGAACAAAGCACUGGAAGCUUUUCGUCAAGGAAAGUCACUAAGUCAGGUGUCAGUAUUAUUUGGGGUGCCAAGAACAACACUUUUUAAUAAGCUGGCCGGGAAAUGUCUGGAAGAAUGCUCUGGGGGAAGGCCUCCUACGCUGCCAAAAGAUAUAGAAGAUGAGCUCGUUGAAUGGAUUUUAGGAUGCAGUGACAAGUGGCAUCCUAUAACAAAAGAUCAAGUCCUCAACACUGUGCAAAUUAUUUGUAAGAAGUUCAAGAUUGUCAACAAGUUCACCGAUGGAAGGCCAGGAUACUCUUGGUUCAAGAGCUUUUUGAACAGAUACCCAGAAUUGAGACUUCGUACACCAGAAGCAUACACAACCCAAAGAGCUGGUAUUACCACUGAGGACAUCACUGAGUGGUUUGAGAAAACUCAUGAAUAUUUAAAAUCCAAAGAUCUUCUGGAACUUCCUCCUGAUCGCGUCUUUAAUCUAGACGAAACGGGUGUAAUGCUUUCGCCCAAAGGUGGACAGGUAUCUAUUAUUAUUCUAUGGAGUUUUUAAAUUCAUUUUUGAAGUUUUUUGUGACAAUUCGUAUGAUUAAAUUUCUCACAAUGUUUCCAUAAGGUUCUGGCAAAAAAGGGGUCAAAAAUAGUCGGAAAAGUGAUACCUUCGGGCGAGAAAGAUACUGUGACUGUCCUAUUUACCAUCUCGGCUGCUGGGAAUUUGGCUCUCCAAUGG